AUGAUGCAAGCAUUGCAAGCAGUGCGUCGCACCUCCACGCGCCGCUGCCUCAGCGCCAAGCCCGCCGUGGGCCACAGCGGCCACCUGAGCGCCGACUCGCUCAAGAACCAGCACGACGCGCCGGACCUGGGCCUCGCCAUGAGCCACAAGCACAAGUACCUCUUCGACCUCAACGGGUAUUUGGUGCUGCGCGGCGUCUUCUCGCCCGACGACGUCGCCGCGGCGAACGCGGCCGUCGACGCGCACGCGGACACGUACCACGAGCGCACGGGCCAGCUGCGCACGAGCGGCCUCUACGGCCGCGAGUCGCACGCGCUCGCCGGCGACGGCGCGCGGGGCCGGCUGGACAUGGGCGGGCUCCUGGCCUGGGACGCGCCGCACAACGCGGUGUUCCGGUCGAUGCUGAACCACCCGGCGCUCGUGCCGGCGAUGACGGAGCUCAUGGGCGUGGGCUACCGCUUGGACCAUUCGCCGCUCCUGCUGGGCAUGGAGAAGGGCUCGGAGGGCCACACGCUCCACGGCGGCGCCAUCACGGAGGCCGGCGAGCCCGCGUGGCCCUUGCGCUACGAAUGCGUCGGCGGCCAGAUGCGGAACCAGCUCCUCACGGCGUGCCUCCAGCUCACGGACGCGCCGGCGGGCGCCGGCGGCUUCUGCGCCGUGCCGGGCAGCCACAAGGCCAACUUCUCCAUCCCGCCCGCGCUCGCGGACCUCGCGGACGACGAGCUCGCGGAGCACGUCGUCCAGCCGGCCAUCAUGGCCGGCGACGUGCUCCUCUUCAGCGAGGCGACGCUCCACGGCACGCUGCCCUGGACGCUGGACCACCAGCGCCGCACGGUCAUCUACCGCUUCGCGCCCGCGGGCUCCGCGUACGGCCGCGGCUACGCGCCCGAGUGGCCCGCGGCCAUGCUCGCGGGCAUGAGCGAGGCGCAACGCGCGGUCUGCGCGCCGCCCUACCACCCGCGCAUGAACCGGACCUGCCUCGACGAGGAAGGGAGCGCCGUGGCGCCCAAGCCCCGCGAGGCGUGGAAGGUCGAGUUCGACGAGAAGGUCUUCGGCAGCCGCUACUUCUAG